AUGAUCAACCACCCGCGAACCAGAGCCACCCCGCAACUGGCUCAAGUGGCGAAACUGAAUCCGCCCCCCGUCAUAACAUCACCUACAACCACCAACCCUCUUCAAAACAACGCACCCGCUGUCGUGCUGGCACAUACCACUACACCGCCUUCAAUGGAAUCCGAAGAGCCAAAAACCGCGCCCGAGACCUCAACAGAGCACUCCGAUGACGGCUCUGGGAAGGAACUCGAGGAGGAUGCUGAUGCUGGUCCGUCGCUGGUAAUUACCCUGCUGUUGACGACGGGGUCGCGACACCCUUUCACUAUCGAUGGGAAAUAUCUAAAGAAGCGAUCGGUGAAUGUUGAGAACUACGAUCCGUUCUUGAUGAGCGUUUACACCCUUAAGGAGUUGAUCUGGCGCGAAUGGAGAUCUGACUGGGAAACCCGACCAUCGUCACCGAGCUCUAUCCGUCUAAUUUCGUUCGGGAAGUUGUUGGAUGAUAAGUCGCCUGUUUCUGACUCCAAAUUCAGCAAGGAACAUCCAAACGUUGUCCAUAUGACCGUCAAGCCGCAAGAAGUCGUCGACGAGGAAGACGCAAAGGGAGCAAAGGCACAGUACAGCCGGGAGCGCGAAGCCAGCGAGCGCAGUCCCGGAUGUCGAUGCGUGAUUCUAUAA